GGUCGACGAGGAAGCAGCAGAACAGAAAACUAGAAGAGAAAAGCCUCGCCACUAGCUCCGCCACUGCCAAAAUCUUCAUCCUCCGUCCGUACAGAUCGCAUAUCUCAGAUUCCUUUCUCUCUGCAACCAUCCCUGGCGACGCUCCUCGGUUUCCGGCUUCAUUUUGAGCAAAUGUCAAUGACGGAGCAAAGUGAACAAGCUACCGAUUUCCCGGCGAAAAAAUUGGUGAGGCAGUUGGAUUUUACGGCGACAUGCCGAGCCUCGGCGAAUGUGAAAGUGCCGGAGCACUCGGAAUCGCAGUUGCGGUUGCAGUCAAAGUCGCAGUGUGUGCCAGAGCCACAGCAACAGUCAGAGUCACAGCCACAGGUAGUGCCAGUUAUGGUGCAGAGGAGUCGGCACCCGCUGCUUCCUCGACCAGCAUUGCCGCUGCCGGUGGUCAAGCCAGAAACCCAAAGAGUCCAACCAGGAUGUAAUGCUGAAGAUUGUACUCCGAAGAAACAGAAGCAAUGUAAUUGCAAAAAUUCUAAAUGUUUGAAAUUGUACUGUGAGUGCUUUGCUUCUGGAACUUAUUGUGAUGCUUGCAACUGCAUAAAUUGCCACAAUAAUGUUGAGAAUGAGGCUGCUAGGCAAGAGGCAGUUGGAGCAACUUUAGAGCGUAACCCAAAUGCAUUCAGGCCCAAGAUUGCUAAUAGUCCACAUGGCUCUCAGGAUGGUAAAGAAGAGGCAAGGGAGGUUUCAAUGCUGGGCAGGCACAACAAAGGUUGUAACUGCAAGAAGUCAGGAUGCCUGAAGAAGUAUUGUGAGUGCUUCCAGGGCAACAUUUUGUGCUCUGAAAAUUGUAAAUGCAUGGACUGCAAGAAUUUUGAAGCAAGUGAAGAGAGAAGGGCUCUUUUCUGUGGAGACCAUGGUAAUGCAAUUGCUUGCAUCCAACAGGCAGCCAAUGCAGCCAUUAAUGGGGCCAUUGGGUCGUCUGGCUAUGGCACUCCUCCAUCAUCUAAGAAGAGAAAAGCUCAGGAAGGCUUUGUCAGUACAUCAGCAAAUAAGCAAUCCUCCAUUCACCGGAUUUUUCAAUUUCAGCAGGAAAGCCAUCUGAGAGCUUCUGCUGCCUCUUCUCCAGUUGCUGCCCUUGUUUCUCACACUUCUAGUACAGCAGUAUUGGGAUCUUCAAAACUGGCAUACAGGUCCCCAUUAGCUGGCAUCCUCCAGCCACAAGACAUAAGGGAGCUUUGUUCACUUCUGGUUGUAGGUUCAAAAGAAACCACAAUGGCAUUUAGAGAUAAAAAAAGAACAGGAAAACGAGGAGAGAGGGACGAGGAUAGAAAAUCUAUUGCUUCAUCACCUGAAGAGAGCAAGGAUAUUCAGAAAGAAGAUGAUGUUCGUAAAGCUGUAUGUGAUGACCGUUUGAAUGGGCCUUCAGCUGAUGGAGUUCAAGCUGGUAACUCAGGAUUAGCCAAAAGUGAUGUCCAAUGUGGUAGGCCUUUGUCUCCUGGAACACUUUCCUUAAUGUGUGAUGAACAAGAUACAAUUUUAAUGAUGGCUGCUUCUCCCAAUGGGGUUGUGAGGCGUAGUCAAAACACAACUCUGAAGUCAUCUCCUGGAGAGGGCUUGACAGAUGCUUAUGCAGACCAGGAAAGGCUCGUCUUGACAAGGUUUCGGGAUUUUCUUGACAGGCUUAUCACUUGUGCAUCCAUAAAAGAAGCAAAGUAUGCCAAUCCUGAAAUGGUCGGCCAAAGGGAACACUCAGAGAAUGGCAAUGUGAAAGCAGAAGAUGGAACGAGGGGGAGCUGCAGUGGUGUUGUAAAAUCUCUUGUUCCAGUGUCUGCUGAAAUGUCAAAGGCAAUCCCUGCAGUUUCUUUUCUUUCCAGUGACGGAAAUGGUUGCCCCGCGAAGGUUGGGUCGCCCCGUGAAAAUGGAAAGAUCAAAAUGCCAAUUAAGAAAUAGUUGUAAUAGGGUACAAAUGAGUUUGAAGUAUAUUACUGCAUUUCUGAUGUUCGACCUUGAUUGUUGGCUGCUCUUUGUGCUGUUACAAAUAAUGUCAAGUCUUGGUGAAACUGUGUUCCAGUCCAAGAAUCAGUUAUAGAUGGAUCAUUUUUACUCCUAUAUAUAUAUAUCAAUCGAUUUGAACA